ACACCGAUCACAUCAAAAAUUUCCUUUCAUAGUAUUGUUUUGUAAGAAUUCCUCAGUAUUCCUGGCUAUAGAUACGUAUUACUCUCCCUCACUCCAUCUCUCGGUUUCUGCCUGCGGAACACAAGUAACCGCGCUAAACUGAUCCAAAUAGACACUCUAAAGUUGAACAUUGAACAUCUGAGCCAUGAUCCAUGCAGUUCUUAUCUUCAAUACGUCAGGGGUUGCUAGAUUAACCAAAUUUUACACGCCUCUCCACCAAUCUUCUCAGACUCUCGUUGAAAAGAUAUUUUCACUCAUCUCGUCGCGACCAGCCGGCCUUUGCAACUUUUUAGACGCUCCAGAGCUCGAAGCAUUUUUAGGCCCGAAGGAUGACGCAGACGAGAGAUGGAGAGUGGUAUACAGAAACUACGCAACCCUUUAUUUCGUUUUCGUCGUGGACGGCGCCGAGAGUGAGCUGGGUAUCUUGGACUUGAUCCAGGUAUUUGUAGAAGGUUUGGAUCGUGCUUUUGAGAACGUCUGCGAAUUAGAUUUGGUCUUUCACUUCGACGAAGCACAUCACAUACUUGCCGAAAUCAUUCAAGGGGGCCUCGUGCUGGAAACAAAUGUCGAAGAAAUCGACACCUCAGUGCAACGUGCUGCCAAAGCAAGAAAAGAUUCGUUCGCUAUGGCUAAUCCCUUGUCGUUGGGCGGUGGAGGGGUAGGCUCCCGCAAUGCUUCAUUGCAAACGCCGCUCGGCUGGUUAGCAGGUAGAUUUACAGGUGUUGGUGCACGAUAGUCAGACCAUAGCGUUGAAAUCAUUCAUUGUACUUGUACUUGUAUCAAAUACAUCUAGACUGACUGACCUUUUCAAUAAUUGUGACGAAUUACUGCGUAAUUACUACAGGAGUGAUUCUCGUUAUUAAUACUUACUGGCGCUCCAUCCGUCAUGUCGGUGUUACUGCUUAGCUGACAUGGGAUUCCAGAAUUGGGUCAAUGUCGUGACAUGCGUCAAGGUGGUUCAAGGAGUCCGAAAGACCGCGACAAGACGGUUAUGAGCCGAGCGUCAGUAAGGUGCCACUUGAUAAUAGCAGCAACUGUAUGCCACUGAAGCAUAACAUCUAGUCGGAUGAACCUCGCAAGGACACAUUUUUGGAAGUAUAUCGGAAGUCGGAUGACUCGUUUCUUCUUCUUCUUGCCUGCACCUGCCGAAACCCUGGCCG